AUGUCCGGGGCGGAGGUGAUCGCCGUUGUCGCCUGCGUGGCAGCAGUCGUCUCCGCCUACCAUGAUGGUGGUCAGCUCUUCAGUACUAUCAAGAGAAAAUGGAAGCAGCACCGCCACCCUGAGACCGCGUCCAGCGAGGCGUCCACCAACGACCUCGAGUGGUCGCUCCGGCGCGGGCAAGAGGACAUCCUCACCCAGUGGAGCGCCCAUGCCGGCCGACUGGGCCGCCGGUUCGAGGAUGGCGACGCGAUCGCCCGUGAGCAGAUGAAGGAUAUCGUGAUCGAGCUGCAGCGGGCCUUGCUCACCAACCUGCGCGAGAACAACGCUCAUCUCGAUAUCCUUUCUCUGUUGCACGCAUCCGACCGUGGUCGUAAGGACACCAUCCAGGUCUUCCAUGCGUUGUACCAGCGGCUCGCACAAGUGGCUUCUAUCCCGUGGCCGAUGGAUUCCGGGCCGGCCCUGAUUGACCCGCUGUCGAGGCUGGGAUACUGGAUUAAUCUGAUCGAGAAUCAGCCCAUAGCUCAGGUUCCAUCCUCCCGAUAUAUUCAAAGCCUGUCCUCUUCGCCGGUAGGAACGGUUCUAUCUGGUGGACUGACGGGCUCACCCCCUGACACGAUGGGUUUACUCCGCCAGGCAGAUGCUCAGAGCUCCCCCUCGCAGUCCAGAAGAUCCUCCCGGACCUCCCUCGGCAGCAUUUUUGCGGGCCGCCGACGGUCAUCAGCCGAGGCGGGCGGCUCGCGAAUCGAUGCUGGCUCUCGCUUUGGAAGCGUCGGGUCGGGGGUGGGGCUCACGCCCAUGCUCGAAAUGCCCGAUCAUCAUGCGUUUAUCGACCAGCCGCGGGGGGGUCCUGUGAGCUCGACCGGUGCGUAUGCAGCCGAGAUACAGGACUACAUCGAGCAGGAUCGUGCUACUGCAGCUCGCCUGCAACAGGCCCUCAAUCAGGAGCAGAGGCAGAACGAGAUGGAGGAGUAUCGGCAGCAAGACAAGCCUCCGCCGGCCCAGCGGCAUGAUAGUAUGCACCAGGAGCCUGUGCAGCACGAGAUGGAGGACGACAUGACCCGUGAAAUGACUGCCAACCCGUGGACGGUGGAUGCGGGACCCUCGCCGACAGAAAACCACUGGCAAGAGCCCUCGAACACCGACCCCAUUCCUGAGCCAAUGUCACGCGGGAUUGCCGUUGACGCCAGACAGCUGAGUGACACGGAUGGAGUAUGGGCGCAGCCGUCGAGGCCCCUGCCAAUCCCUCAGCCGCGCAGGCCUCAGAUGAUGGACACUAGCCCCGACACAAGAGCCUUCAUCCCCCGGCCCGCCGCCGAAGAAACCAUUCGGCAAGAGCACUACGCCUACGCCCGCCCCGUUCCACCCUCACAUCGACACCCACAUCCCCACCCCGGCGCCCCGCAGCGCACCCGCUCCGGCGACGCCCCCAUCCCAGUCAACACCGAGGCGUCCCCCCCGACCCGCACCCCCGCCCCGCGCACCCAACACCCGCCCUCCAUCGCCUCCACCAACUCCACCACCUCCACCACCUCCUCCAACCCUUCAAUCCGCUCCUGCUGGCCCCCCAGCAACGACAACAAUUAUGCCGGCUUCUGCAAAGGCGCCUGGAAAUUGCACUCUGGCCUCGGUGGCUUCAAAGUCCACUCCGAGCCGAAAGGCUACUACAUGAUGGAAUCAAAAUGGCGCUGCGCGAACUGCUCCUUCGAAAUGCCGCUCGCACCCGACAGCGACCGGCAGAACCCCAAGUAUAACAACAAGCUGUUCAUCCACGCGCCCACCGGCAUCCAGUUCCGCUGGCUGUUCCUUGCCAAGAGCCAUAUGAAGUGUAAGCGGGCGAGCGGGGGGGCACCUAAGCAGGCGCGUGGUCCGUUUGGGUGUAUUUUUUGUUGUCGGGAGCGGGGGGUGGCGGCGCCGCCGGGAUUUGAGAGUUUGGAAGCGUUUAUGCUGCAUCUUGGGGCGGAGCAUCGGUUUUGUGUUGAGGAGACAUUGCUGGAGCGGGCUUGUUGUAUUGUUGGGAGGGUUGCUGGGGCCGAGGAGGCGUUUGAUGUCAAUAUUCCGCUGCCGGCAUAG